UUAGCUUCAAAGCAUUACUAAUCUUUCUCUCCAUCUUCGCUUUCACUUUCUCGCAGAAAUUCACAGAGGCACAAACAAACCCUAAUUCACCCAAUACUUCUUGUUUAUCAUUCUACUUCUACUUCCCCCCUCCCCCACCCCAUAUUCAGAAGCCCUAAUUCAUCCAGUUUCGAUAUAUUGGGAACUCCGGUUUCGUUACUCAAGAUUCGAGUACAGAAAAACUGGGUGCUAUUCCAAGAUGAUUGUCAGUCCAAAAAUGGUUGCAGAAGCCGAGGUUAUUUGCCAGCAGAGUUUACCGGCGGGUUUGGACAUGAAGUGUCACGUCCGCGCCGGCAAAGAACAGAACUAUCCGAUCGACGUUAAGUCUCCGUCGACUUCCAUCCUCCGUGAGGUUUUGGUCACCGACUCGAUUUCCACCGAAAUCUCGCGCCUUGAAUCGGUAUGUGUCUUCUCUGUAAUUUAUGAUGGGCAUGGUGCUGAAGCAGCUGCAUAUAUCAAGAGGAAUGCUAUUAGAUUGUUCUUUGAAGAUGCUGAUUUGCCACAGACAUUUGAUAUUGAUGCUGUCUUCUUGAAAGAGCUGGAGAAUUCUCACAGGAAAGCAUUUUUACUAGCAGACCUUGCUUUGGCCGAUGAAAGCAGUGUCAGAAGUUCAUGUGGGACAACCGCACUUACUGCUUUAGUACUUGGAAGGCACUUACUUAUUGCAAAUGCUGGUGACUGCCGUGCAGUUCUUAGCAGGAAAGGAGCUGCAGUUGAGAUGUCUCAAGAUCACAGACCUAGCUAUCUUCCAGAGCGCAAGCGAGUUGAGGAGUUAGGGGGCUACGUAGAUGAUGGCUAUCUUAAUGGUUCUCUCUCAGUCACAAGGUCCCUUGGAGACUGGGAGUUGAAGCUCCCACUUGGAUCAUCAUCGCCUCUCAUUGCAGACCCAGAUGUCCAACAGAUUAUUCUAACAAAGGAUGAUGAAUUCUUGAUACUUGGGUGUGAUGGGAUAUGGGAUGUAAUCUCGAGCCAGUGUGCUGUCAGCCUUGUUCGACGUGGAUUAAGGAGGCAUAAUGACCCCCAACAAUGUGCAAGGGAUCUUGUCAUGGAGGCCACAAGACUAAACUCGUCAGAUAAUCUUACUGCUAUUGUUAUCUGCUUCUCCUCCCCUCCUCCGCUUGAAUCGUGCCCUUCUCACCGAAGAAGGUUUAAGCUCAGCUGUCUGACUGAUGAAGCCCGAAAUAGAUUGAAGAACUUGUUAGAAGGAAACUGAUGUACACACAGCUUGUUUCUCACUAGUAACUGAAAUAGUUGUUAUGAGAAAUGAUUAUUAUCUGUUUCUUUGGGCAGCUUCAGAUAGGUUAGAAGAGCAGCUGGAAAUUUUGUAGUUGUAGGGGUUAAAGAUGAGAUAGAGAAGAAUGUUUUGGGUAGUUGAGGCAGAUGUAAGUACUGUGCGAGAUUAUUUGAAUUCCAAUGGAUUUUGUUCAUUGCAAUUCCAACCUGUUUCUUUAUGUAGCUUCAUAUAGUUUCUGCAUAUGAAGUUGCAAUCUGGGAUGAAGUAGUGUGAUUUGAUUGAUGACUUCCAUCUGCCUUUUGCCAAAGUUGCAAUUGCAACACCUGUAAACUUAACUAUUGAACAAUUUAUACUAAUUGAAUACCCUUAGGCUA